UCGCUUCAGACUUUGUGUGCAGAAAUAAGGCCGCGCGUAACGACGGACACACACCGCUUGCAUGUAAGCAACAGAUGGCGGCUAAUAAUACCGCCGCGCUGCGCCUUUAAGGGGCCGACUGAGGAGGAAACUUAAUAUCCCCGAAUGUCCAGUCUCCAUCAUUUAUCAGUGAGAACAGCCGAGCUCUGAACCUCUUUCUGCCUUGCUCUGUUUUUGUCUUGUCCCACAUAAACCGGAUUAAAUUACGCAUCGCACCUCUAAGAAGCGGUCACCGGAUUAGAGCCACGCGCAGCGAGCCACGUCGCCCCCCCGGACGGGUUUUACGCGCGGUCCGUUUCCAGAGUAGAGGGUCUCCUUCGACAACGUUUCCCCCCCCCCCCUCCUCCCGCCCCAAAACCCUCCGUCUCUCUCUCUCCUUCUGCACCGACCGGGGAGCCCUCCACGCCGCCAGACAUGGCCGAGAUCGGGAAAGGGGGCACGGCCGGGAAACUGGCGAUCAGCGUCCAGAAGAGGCUGACCAGAGCGCAGGAGAAGGUCAUGCAGAAGCUCGGCAAAGCAGACGAGACCCGAGACACCGCCUUCGAGGAAAUGGUGGCCAACUUCAACAAGCAGAUGACAGAAGGCAGCAAGCUGCAGAAGGACCUGAAGGCCUACCUGAUGGCAGUCAAGACCAUGCACGACGCGUCCCGCCGGCUGCAGGACUGCCUCGCCGACAUGUACGAGCCCGACUGGUUCGGCAAAGAGGAGAUGGACGCCAUGAAGGAGGACACAGACACCCUGUGGUUGGACUACCACCAGAACAUCACGGAUAAAUCUUUGACCUCCCUGGACUCGUACCUGGCACAGUUCCCCGAUAUUAAGGCUCGCAUUGCCAAGCGCGACAGGAAGAUGGUGGACUUUGACAGCGCGCGGCAUCACUUCAGCUCCUUACAGAAAGGGAAGAAGAAGGAUGAGGCCAAGAUCGCCAAGCAAGCAGCUCUGUUGGAGAUGGCGGCUCCCAGCUGGGCUCAGGGUUUGAUAUCAGCCCACCAGGUGGCUCAGACUAACCUCUCCUUCAACCAGGCAGAGGAAGAGCUGGGCCGAGCUCAGAAGAUUUUCGAGGAGCUGAACGUGGAGUUACAAGACGAGCUUCCAUCACUGUGGGACAAUCGUGUUGGCGUCUAUGUUAACACAUUCCAAGGCUUGGCAGGUCAUCAGGAGAAGUUCCACGGGGAAAUGAGCAAGCUCAGCCAGAACCUGAACGACAUCAUGACCAAACUUGAGGAGCAGCGGGAGCUGAAAAAAGAUGCUCCUGCAGCAGCAAAGACAGGCGAAGGAUCCAAGAGUGAGGGAAUCAACCACAGUGACUCAGCCAGCUCAGCACCAAAGAGGCCCGGUCCUCCUCCCAGCCGGCCCAAGGCCCGCGCCAUGCCGUCCCCGGACCCGGAGGAGGACGCGGUGCCCGCCGCAGACUCCGCGGUCGCCGCGGCAACCAGCCCCACGACGACGACGCAGCAGGCGCCAUCAUGGGACUCGUGGCGAGAACAGGGCGCCGCAGAGGCCCAGCAUGAAGGCGAGCCACACCUAGAGGAGGACCCCCACGAGGGGGCCGAGAGCGGGGGCCGUAGCGCCCCGUCCUACAGCCAGCCGGGCUGGGGGGAGGACGGCGCCCAGGUGGGAGGUGACUGGGGGGACGCUGGAGAGGUGCAGAGUGCGGUGACCAACGGCUCAGGUGGAGAUCUGCCUCCAGGAUUCCUCUACAAGGUGAAAGCGGUCCACGAGUACGCUGCCACCGACGGAGACGAGCUGGAGCUGAAGAUCGGAGACGACGUGCUGGUUCUGGCCUUCGACAACCCGGAUGAGCAGGAUGACGGCUGGCUGCUCGGCGUGCAGGAGGCCCACUGGGUGCAGAACAAAGACACUUCAGCCAAAGGCGUCUUCCCCGAGAACUUCACUCAGAAGGUGUAACCCCCCCAUGCCCCCCCUCCCCCCUCCCCCCCCACACCCCCUGCGGCGCCGCUGACUCCUCCAGUAGAAAGGGGGGCGCGUCUCAUCUUGGUGUCAUCACACAGACCCCACUGAAGCUCCUCCAGGGGGGCGAACGUUGGUUCUAAUCCCACACCCGUCCUUUUGGUUUCGUAUUGCUGGUGAUGUCUUUGUUGCGUGAAGCUUUGCGUCGAGAGUCGGACCGGAGCAGAGACACUCGCUUUUAUCUGGUUUUCUGAGUCCUCUUUUCAUCGCUGAAUGCUGUUCCACUCUAUUCAGACAUUGAACGCAUCACCGCUGUGCACACACACCUUUAACUGUAGGAUGCAAAAGGGACUCCAUUUAAAGUUCACUCACCAGCUGAACCCAUGCAAACUGUGUUUUUAUAUUGUGUGGAGUUGCUAACAAGGUGAAGGCUGAUGCUAACCUGUUGGUCGGUGUCAUUAAAGAUGAACGAUGAACUACA